UUUUGACAACAAAGCGCAGAGGAAGAGCAUUCCACAGUUCCAGGAAGUGCCGUACUUGUGAAGUGUGGUCCUCGGCUUGAAGGUCUUCACUUCUGCACACCUUGGAGUCAAAAGCCAUGACAGAACCCGUAGUCUCUUCCAUUGAUGGCAAGCUGGCCGAAGAGUUCACCGCUCCCUCCCACGUGGACGAGGUCAGGGAGAGGAUGACCUCCUUCGCCCGGCUCCAUGCCGAGGAGGGUCGCCGCGUGGUCCUCAUCACGUCAGGCGGUACAAAAGUCCCGCUGGAGUCUCGCACCGUUCGCUUCUUGGACAAUUUCAGCAGCGGCAGGAGGGGCGCGCAGUCGGCAGAGUACUUCCUAGACGCCGGCUACGCUGUCAUCUUCCUGCACAGACAUCGCUCGCUCUACCCAUACGCUCUCAUGUUCUCCUCUGUCAACAUGCUGGAUGCCCUGGAGUUCUCGGAACAGGAACCGGACCGCGUGGGGGUGAACCCGCAGGUGCUCCCCAAUGUUGCCAAAGUGCUGAAGAAGUACCAGGAGAUCACAGACGCCAAACUCCUGCUCCCCGUUGAGUUCAGCACUCUGUCGGAGUACCUCCACCUCCUCAAGGCGUCAGCGCAGGCCCUCAGCACCAUAGGAUCCAAGGCCAUGUUUUACUUGGCGGCGGCUGUGUCAGAUUUCUACAUCCCUGCGUGUGACAUGCCGGAGCAUAAAAUCCAGUCUUCCGAUGGACCGCUUCAACUAAGCUUGAAGAUGGUGCCCAAAAUCUUGUCCCCACUGGUGAAAGACUGGGCGCCGCAGGCCUUCGUCAUAUCCUUCAAACUGGAGACGGACGGCGCCAUCCUACUGGACAAGGCUCAGCGAGCGUUGGACAUGUACAGGCACCAGGUAGUGGUCGGCAAUGUGCUGGACUCACGGCGGGGCCACGUAGUGGUGGUGACGCCCACCAGCCAGCACGAGGUGGUCCUCUCCAAGGAGGAUGUCGACAACCAGGUGGAGAUCGAGGAGAGAAUUGUAACUAAUUUGACAGCGGCACACGAGCGCUUCAUUCAACAAGCAGCAGCCUGAUUGUAAUCAUCUGCUGCACGUUGUUUCGAGUCUUGGCUUUGUAGUCGUAGUAGGGAUGACUAUGAUUAGUGACUUAAUUGCUAACAAUCAUGUGCAAUUGAAUUUUUGCAAUGUUUGUAUCAAGGUGUCUUGGCGCAUUUUAAAGAAUCAUGGAUGUUAUUAUGGGCCAAGGAGCCAAAUAACAAGACUCUAUGCACGCAGCACUUCUGCAUUUUGGAUAAGGAGAACGCUAACCUCCAGUCACCAGGCAAAACAACAAUAGCAAUAAUGACGGCAUCAGACUCUUGUCUGCUGAAAUUACGUAAAGUUGCCGUAAAUGACGUAUUACCUUUUUAAUUGCUAGUUAUCCUGGUAUUACUGAAGUAAAAAGGAUCCAAAUCCAAUUUAAUGAGUCAUUUGCAGUUAAACAGUAAUUGUUGGUCUUUGUGUAGUUAGACUUUCACUGCUUAACCUUUAAGACUCUCAAGUCUGCGUAUAGAGUACUUUGAAAAACAGCCCCUGCAGUAACAAAGUGCUAUACAUAAUGAUUGAACAUAAAUGGAACGCCUUUGUCAUUGUAUGGUGCUGCAGAUACAACAAAUCAAAAACAGAUCUUUACAAAAUACUUUUGAAAUUUCAACCUCGAAGUACUAGCACCUAAAUAUUGACUAAACCCAUUUCACAACCCCACCUUAUAUAUUUAAAGAAUUAGGUUAUUUUUCAGUCAGAUAACAUCCCAGUAGCUUGAAACAAACUGACACCAGAAACUCGUACUCUAAUCUUCCCACCAGAAAUGCUUAAUGUGUUGCCAUGCAUAUGGUCCAUAGAAGCCAUAGUUGUUUGAUGGCUAAAUGGGCUGCGAAACGACUUAUGAGGCAAAGUUUGAUGUGUGAUCGUUUCGGGUUCGGCUCUAUUUCUUCGACCCGAAACCCACGCACCUCUUUAAUUUGACUUUUAUUGUUCAGCAAGUUUAAAAAUCCAUUUGCUAUAACCCAUAGACUAGAGAAAUACCUAAAAUUAAAGGCCUUGAUAAGGACUUUUCAGAUCUCACAUUAUUUUGUCAUUAUGACACAAUCUCCCAAAAUGUAUUUGUAAAAACCCAUAUUUAGUCAUACCCCAAAUUAAAAGCCUUGAUAAGGACUUCCUAAGUCUGACAUUAUUUUGUCAUUGUCCUCAUAUGAUUCCAAAAUCUACCAAAACAGUUUUGCAUAAGAAAUAUAACCAAUCUCCAAAGAUCUAUUUGCAACGACCUAGAUUGAGUCAUACCUCAAAUUAGGGGCCUUUCCAGAUCAGCCUUAUUUUUAUUUUAUUUUUUAAACUUUACCAAUUAACAAUUAUUUAAAUGUAUUGAUUGAUAUUCCUGCUAACAAUACUGUAUGUCCAUCCCUAAUUCAUACAUGCUUCAAUUGUGAAAUUAAUUGACAUUCUAUUAUUUCUGUACAUUGCACUUACACAGUACAAACCAUUAAAGAUUGUAAAACGUUUA